AUGGGAAAAAUGGAGCAAAUUGCGGUGGACCCUGAUUUCUACUCCAUGGUCAAUGGCUAUGGCAUGGAUGCGCAGGACCUUCAGUCGGAUACCACAUCUAUCGCGUCUGCGAUCGCGAGAGGACGGCUGGAAAACGGCCGAAGAUAUCAAGCCAUUAAAGAAGAUGACUACUGGGGUCCUUCUGACGAGCAGCAAUUCGAGGCGUUCGAGAUUGGCCAUAUGAUGUUUCUCGUGCUAGAUCACGAGCAACUGAAUCCUUUUUUCCGCUCCCCUAUCGGCGAUUCGCCCAAGAAUAUUUUAGAUAUCGGAACUGGGCAAGGGAGUUGGGCAAUUGAUGUGUCCGAUCGCUAUCCGUUAGCUACCGUCCGCGGAGUGGAUAUCUUCCCCCCACCCGUAACAUGGAUGCCCCCAAACUGCAUCUUCGAGGUGGAUGAUGUGCUUCGCGAGUGGACAUGGAGAGAGCCAUUUGACUUCAUCCAUAUGCGCCUAAUGUAUGGUGCAUUCCCUCCCGACGGAUGGCGUAAGCUAUACAAGCAAGCCUACGACGCCCUAGAGCCCGGUGGCUGGAUCGAACAAGUGGAAAUAGACGUGCGAGUCUACAGCGAUGAUGGCACCUUGAAGAAAGAACACCAGCUAUAUGGGUGGGGCGCCAUGUUUAUUAGAUGCUCUGAGCGAGCUGGACGGUCCCUCAGAACCAACGAAACAAUGCGCAGCGCAAUCGAGGAAGCCGGGUUCGUGGAUGUGCACGAGAAACGGUACAAGAUUCCCAUAGGACCGUGGGCUAGGGAUCUGACACUGAAGGAGGCCGGACACCUCCAGUAUGGCCAUUGGAAUGCCGCUUUAGAAGGUUGGGCGAUGUGGCUCCUCACUCACUUUGGGGAGCCGGAGCCGUGGACGAAGGAGGAGGUGCAGGUGUAUCUGGCUAAAGUGCGCAAAGAGCUGAGCAAUCCGCACAUUCACGCUUAUGAACCUGGGACCCGCGUCUGGGCAAGAAAGCCUACCAAGGAGGAAUUGGAAGUGAAGAAAGAGAAGGAGGCAAAGAUUAAGAUCGAGACAUCGCCGUAA